CUUCGGCCCCUGACACGGACCGCCCUGCCCCGCGGGAGCUCGUGCGGCCGUCGGUGACGGAGCUGUCCCGGGCCGUGCGGACCAACAUUCUGUGCACGGUGCCCGGCUGCGGCAAGGUCCUGCCCAACAGCCCGGCCCUCAGCAUGCACCUGAGCAAGGCCCACCGGGUCCAGGAUGGAAAAAUAAAUGCAUCAAUAAGGAAGGGUUUGAAAACUACACAGAAAUUCUACUGCUGUCCUAUUGAAGGCUGCCCUAGAGGACCAAACAGACCAUUUUCCCAAUUUUCACUUGUAAAACAGCACUUUAUGAAAAUGCAUGCUGAAAAGAAGCACAAAUGUGAUAAAUGUGGCAACUCAUAUGGCACGGAAUGGGACUUGAAACGACAUAUAGAAGACUGUGGCAAGACUUUCCAGUGUACUUGUGGGUGCCCUUAUGCCAGCAGAACAGCAUUACUGUCUCAUGUUUACCGAACUGGCCAUGAGAUCCCUGCAGAGCACAGGGAUCCACCUAGUAAGAAAAGGAAAAUGUGCACUGAGGUUUCCAAUCAGCACUUGGCAGAGAAAGCGAGUGAAGCAUUCAUCAGUGCACGCACCAGUAGUACUUGCACUCAGGACUUGGAAUCAUCUGAAAUGAAACUAAUGGCCUCCUUUGAAGGCUCCUGCAGUUCUAAUGUCAGUAAGCAAACGCUCUCACAGCCUAAGUGUACACCGAAAAUGCUUUUGCCAAAGCCCAGAGUAGCUUUGGUUAAACUUCCAGUAAUGCAGUUUGCUCACUUGCCUAUUUUUGUGUCUGCAACAGAUUCCUCUGUCAAACCUGUUGUAGUGACUGUUGAUAAUCAAGGCUCUGUUAUGAGUACUGUUCACUUAUUACCUCAAUCUAUAGGAAUUCUGAUACCAGCACUGGAGGCUGAAGCACUUGUGUUUAAAGACACAGUGCCUAUUUCAAAAACAGCAGAUUCUGGUGAUGUUGAACCAAUUAGCACCAGCGUCCAAGUCAAUUUGGGUAAGAUCACAUCAAAUAAUACAGUACAAGAGCUGGGGAGCAUGUGUCACAAGAAUAAAAUCUCUUCAAUAAAUGUACAAACUGACUUAUCUUACAUUUCACAAAACUUUAUGCCAGCUGCAGCCUGGACUCCUGAUUCUUCUGUAUCCUCUUGCUCUCAAACGGACCUGACAUUCAGUUCACAGGUUUCGCUACCAGUUAGUGUUCAGACUCAGACACUGUUGCCUAGUUCUAAACUGACUUCAUCCAUAGCUGCCCAGACUGAUGCUUUUGCUCAGGCUUGUUUCCAGUCAUGUGCUGUUUCUAGAGAGACUCAAACCAAUAGAACACAAAACUCUAUUGAUGGAAGAGUACAAAUGGACCAGGCUGUAAUGUGCAAUGACAUUUUUGACAGUGUUCAUUCAGCUUACAAUGUUUCAACCCAGAUUGGGCUCUCAGAAAACAAUUUAAUGACUGCAAACAUAGAUCAAAGAUUGCUACAAAGAAGUAACUGCAAGACCCUGAGUCAGGAUACAAUAAAAUCUGAACCCAUUAUCAACUUCAAUACACAGACUAAUAUACUCCCACAGCAAAAUAUGACAGAUAAUCAAACCCAGACAAUGGACUUACUAAGUGAUCUGGAAAACAUCUUUUCAGGUAACAUGUCUGGCCAGACAUUGGAUAAUCGUGGUCUUUUGUCUGAUACUAGCUCUGGGGCUGAUACGCAUCUGCCAUCUGGCUCUACACAGAGCACAGGAAUAGACUUUGACAUUGAAGAGUUCUUUUCAGCUUCCAAUAUUCAAACACAAACUGAGGAGAGUGAACUUGGUAACCUGAACUCUGAGCCGGUCUUGGAAUCUCUGGAUAUUGAAACACAGACUGACUUAUUUUUUUCGGACAGUGCCACUCAAUCCUAUAGCUGCAGAGGAAAUUCCAACUUCUUAGGUUUGGAAAUGUUUGAUACUCAGACACAGACAGACUUAAAUUCCUUCCUAGACAGUAGCACCCAUUUGCCUUUGGGAAGUAUUUUGAAGCAGUCCAGCUUCUCCAUGAGCACUGACUCAUCUGAUACCGAAACCCAGACAGAAAUACCCUCUGCUGCUAAAAAUAUACCUUGUCAAAAUAUAGAAAAUAAAGUUGAGCUGAAUAGUGCUGAAACACAGACUAUGGAUAGCUGCUUUGAGACCCUUGGAAGCCUAUUUCUUACCAGCAAUGAGACACAGACAGCUAUGGAUGACUUUCUUCUGGCUGACUUGGCCUGGAAUACAAUGGAGUCACAGUUCAGUUCAGUAGAAACACAGACCUGUGCAGAAUUGUGUUCCUUGGUUUGUCAGAAGUUUGGAACAAGCCAUUGAGUGCUACUUAAUAAAAUUGUUUUCCUUGUGAUUUGAAACUAAGUUAUUGGGGUGGGGAGCGGUAGAAGGGACUGACCAAGAUAUCUAUGUUGAAUGUAGUUGCCCAUAUGCAGUUGGUCUAAAAAAAACUUCAUGCAUAAGGUGCUUAAGCUGUUGUAUAUGUAACUUAAACAUAGAAUAUGUAUACGUGUUUGUAACCUGUUAAUUCAAGUUUGAACUUUCAAAGUGAAUGUUCUCGUGGUGCCUACCAUUGUUAAUCUGUGUUACAAAGCUGUAUCAACAUGUCCAUUGAACCUCAGUUCAGGCUUUUAUAUUUGUCUAUACCUGUAUACGUCUGGCUCAGACCUAGGCUUACUGCCUUGACACAAAAGUAGGCCUAUCUAAUUCUAACACAUCUUGCUCACCAAAAAAGCCCUUAUUGGCAUAAGCUGCUUUGUUUUUUAAAGUCUUAGAUUAUAAUAUGGCAAGGUUUACCUGUCCUAUACAAAAAGAGAUGUUGAGGAAUUUAUUAGUAGAUGUAGUUUCCAAGCAGUUCUCCCAAAAAUGAACCUGGAACACAAAAUUUGCUGAUUAUUGCGUUUAUAAUUUAAAGUGCGACUAAUGUGAGUAGCAACACUCGUUUUUACUUCUUUCUGAACUGGUAUAAUCAGCAUUGGUGUUAAGGGGGUAUAAAAACUUUUUCAGAUUCUUAACUCUUAAAGUUAUCAUGCAGUAACUUCACUGCACAUACUGUAAUAAAACAGCCUCCAGGUCUAAAGUAUUUUUGGACUUUUCAAGGAGGGAUUUGUGUUCCUAAACUGUGAUUUGCAAGAAACUCUGGUUCUGAUGCAAACAAAAUCAAGAAAAUUCUAAAUAUUAGAAUGUCUGAGUGAAAGAUCAGAACAAAUCGGGUUACACUAUAAUUCACCUAUCAAUAGCACAGUUAUUUGCUAAUUUGAGGAAUAGUAUAUUGGUUAUAGUAUAACUAUGAACCUUUCCAAAGACCAUAGAAACUGUUAGAUUUGUAAUGACUGAAUUCUCUGAUAGCGUGUUGACUAAAUUACUACUCUUAAAUCUUACUCUUCCAGAACAAGACUAGGUAGAAGUCUCAAAGCUCAGUGUGUUUGAGGCUGCUGACGUCUCUGUAUAGCAGCAGGUACAUUGUUCCUCUGCACAGUGGGCUCAGCAGCCACUCCUGCCCCUGGCUUCACUGUAAAGCAUUCCCCUUCAGCAGUUAUCUGUUAAAAGCUGAUGAUACUGGAAGCAUGGAGAUUUCCGUCAUCUACUGUCUUCUCCUAACUGGUCAGUUACAACAGUCAUGUAUUUCAAUGGAGAGGCAGUUAUUCUGAUGUGAAUUUUUGCUGUGAGCUCCAGUCUUCAGCCUUGCAUCACUUUUUUCUUUCUUUCUUUCUUUUAGCAUUUCUGAGGUCUUGCUAACUUUUGUAUUUUCUUGUAACUUUAUUUCAGGAUCAUCCAGUUCUCCCUUGAAGGUCAGUCUGGAAGGCUGGUAGCGGCUGUGCCUUGCCUUAGAGCACCUGUGUGUGCUAUCCAGAAAUAUUUGGAACCAAUUCCAUGCUCUCCUGUCUCCAGUUUAAGGAAAGGGCACAGCUCUGAAGAUCAGUGUGUAAAAGGCAAAAUCCUCUGUGUGUUGGUACGAGACUCAAAGUGCGAUUUAGUUUGGUGCAGCCUGAGUGAUAGUGGCAAUUGCAGUGCAAUUCCAGGAUUCAGAUGGUUGUGGUUCCGUUGGUGUUUGUAGUACUGCAGUGGGGUCAGAAUGCCUCCACACACGAGCAAGAUCUGUUGUCUUAGUGUGUUGUCAGAGCUUAGCAUAUCAGAGGAAUUUGUAAUGUUGGGGCCUAGAUUGCCUUCCCAUUUCAUCACAGUAUGGUGAACUUGCAGGGCACUGACAGCACCACUGAUCGAUCAGGUCUUGCUGUGCCAUUGGAGCUUGGUGCAGUAGCAGAUAAUCUUGGAUCACAUCAGAGCUGGGCACUACAGUGAUACUCUCCCAACACAGGCACAUCUUUGAGCCCUGGAGCUCGUUUGCUGUUCCUACUUCCAAUAUGCUGGGUCAGCACUACAUGGUGAUACCUCGGAACAGAGGCUUGGUGUAUUUCUGACUAGCGUGCCAGUCGGUAUCUUUGAGGGGACUUGAAGCAUUGGCCUGUUUGUGUAUAAAGAGGUCACCCUUAACAUACCUGGUACCAACACUAUGGAGUAAUUCACACGAUGUAUGGGUGCAUUGCCCAGAUGUUCCCCUGCUGCACUAGGCAGGUGUUCACCCACAGCACUAGUGCUGAGGAAGUAAAUUUGAGGUGCUGAUGGCUUCUCUAUGGGGGAGUUCUUCAUGGCUUGAAUUGCUUUGCCUCGGAGCAUUUCAGACUGCCUUUACCCAACACCAGCUGCUGCAUGAUCACUUGUCUUAGUACUCCAAACUUUGCUGUGAUGGGGGUAGCUUAGUGUGAUGUGCAGUGGAUGGGUUGCAUCCCUGAGCUCCCAGGCACACUAAUUUCUAUGGCUCUGCAGCGUACUCUUCAGGCCAGUGUUUCAGAGCUGCAUUUUGGGGCACUGCUGUAGUGUGCCAAUCAGUAAGGUAUUGUCUGUAGGUAUCUUGGGGCAUUGGACAUCAUGAUUCCUCCAGAUGAGGAAGUCAGAUACAUAGACAUCAGUGUAUCAUAGAGCCACUCCCAGGCACAAGAACAACUUAUUGGAGAGGUUUGCCUGUCUGUGUCUGCCUUGGAGAAGAUAAGGUUUGUGCUUUGCGCCAGUGUACCCAGUUUGAGCUGUCCAGAGGCCUUGAGUCCUGCAGUCUUCAUAAACUGAGAGAAACGUGAGACACUGUGUUCUGUUUGCCAGAAGGUGGCAGGUACCAGCUCAGACCAUAGUGAAACUUGAAUUUUAAUUUUUGCAGUAGUAUUCUGGUACUUGUGGUUGGAUAUACUAUAAGACAUGAUUCCAGUGGGCCUGAAGUUCAAAGAACAAAAUACAUAGUUCAUAUAGACAAAUGAUGAAGCCUGAACCUCUCUCCCUUAACUAUUGUCACCAGACAUUCAUUCAAAUUCUAUUAAGUCAAAUUAUGCAGCUUCCUGUGCUGUCCAAUUGGUAAUUGCCUUUAGGUAGCCACAUUGUCUACUUGUAGAUGUAUUUGGGAUGUGUGUUGGCUACUUGAGCUCAGUGCAGUCUCUGGUCUAUUCUUUGGUAGCCUUGGGGCAUGUUUACUAAUCUAGGGUCAUUAUUGAGCUUUAGAUUUUUGACUUCUCUCUCUCAAACUUGAGUAUCUUAUCCUCAAUUUGUGUUGCCUCUCACUAAGCUGGUGUAUGUCCAGUUACUUUAUUGACUAAAGGAGUAACCCUUUUGGCUGCAGCAGAAAGGAGGCAGCUGGAUUAAGCACUCGGCAUAUCCCUUCAAGUAUAUCCUUAGUUGGACAUUUUAAAAAUCAUGCACAGGUCCCAGAUCAGCUCCUUAGCAUAUUUUGUUCACUAGUAAUAAUAAGGACCCAAGAUCCUGCUUUUAGUUUUGCAAAGACAAAGGAACACUUGCUUACUUACAGGAAGAGGGGAGGUAUUGGGUAUGUGUUUGACACUAACCAGUCACUCAUCUAUGUAGAAGUUUUUGUUUCUGGAGACCUGAUGGAAGUGAUCUAUAGCCCAUCCUUUCUGAUCACCGCUCCCAGCGCAAAACUGAGAAUGUUUCCCUUUUUACUAUGUAGGACUUAACCAAUAUGCUAGAUGAAGGUGACUGUUCUGUUGCAGGAUAUUCCUUUGUCAAAUCAGUCUUUUCUUGGGGAAGCUUUUGGCUUUUCCUGCUUUCUUAAAUGUGCUAUAAUCAAGCGAACAGGCUUAGCUGGUGGUCAUCUGUACCCCUGCUUGAAAUUGUGUAAUGUAAACAACAAAUCCUUCUGCUUGCCUGUCUUGCAAUGCAUGCCCUAUGCUCCUUGUCCCCUAUUUAAUAUAUAUCCCUGACGUUUUCAAGAUGGGGGAGUGUCCUGGAAGUCUCCACAAUCCUGAGUGUACAAAACAGCCUUUCGCCAUUCUAGUUCUCCAUGAUUUGGUGAGUCUACUGCUAUGUGGAAACUCCCCUCAAGUUUCUUGGUCUCUAGAAGGAGGAACCCAGUCAGCAUGGUAUAUUGAGAGAAGGGAAAAUUACUUGCAUGUAAUUCUGAUUCUCUGAAAAUGUAUGACUGGAUUCCUUUUCACCCAUCCAAUUCUUGUGAGAGACAAAGUAUGGCUGGAUGAAUCCAUCUUAUCUGUUACUAUUUGUAACAAUGUUUAUGCUUUGGUUUUAAGAGUAUUUUCCCACUGCUUUACUGCAGAACCAGAGAAUGCAUUUCUUAGUGCAUAGAUGGCUGUGACCAUCCAGCUGAUGCACUGAUUAUACUGACAUCUCAAAGUGAAGUGGUUAGAUAUAUAAGUUCUCAUAGGUAAUUGCUUCAGCCUCUUGCUCAAAAAGAACCAGCAACUGGGAGCAAGCAUGUUGUACAGAGGUGGAAUGUACCACCUUCUGUAGAAGAGGAGAUGUUGUGGGGACUCAGCGGCCCUGCACAACUUCGCAUUUUGGAAGUUCAGGUUUUGUUCCAGAAGUCCAAAACUCAAGAGUGUGGAUCAAUUUCUGUGAUGCGUUCAGAGAGUGGAAUUACAGCAGGUAAGUUUCCCACUACUAGCCACCCAAGUAAAAUAGCUAGCAACCCGACGGGCUCAUGAUGCUGAGCUGCAGGUUAUUCUUUCUUUGGUUUAAGCCUAAAACUCUUUUUACAAAGGAGUGAAUUGUGGAUGCACUGUUACCAGUGACUAUGGCUUAAAGGAAACCAGCAGCAUUUUUUCAAUAGAAAUGAGUUUACACUGCUGGUUCCUGUGAACAGUUGUCUUAUUUCAGUUCUCUAAAAUAUGCCGUUACAAAGAACAGUAAUACAAUAGGGCUUUGAUGCUGAAAUUGGCCCCAUUCCUCCCAGCCCCACAGGAUUAACAUUUGAUACUGGGCUAUUACCUUAACUGAGUAUGGUAUUACCACAAUUUGAAACUGUUAAAUAAAAUCCAGUGGCGUGAAAACAAUUUAACAGUAAAUAUACCUUGUUUUGAUGGACAUGGGUCACUUGAGUCCCAAAGUUACCUACAGUCUAAACAAAUGUGAUGUGUUCAUUCUGAUUAUAGAAAAUUACUUACAUUGGAAAUCCUGAAAAUGAGGCUGUGGAAAAUGCCUUACACUAAAGGAAGUUAUCCCUAGUUCUGGAUUUUUUAAUUAACACUUGUACUAGACAAGAGAGGUCACAACCAAAUUUGGCCCUAUUGUGCUAGGCACUCACAAAUGCAUUAAAACUUGAUUUGAAAUCUUCAGUUAAUAUUUAACUCUUCCAAACUAUUUUUUUUUCUUUUUUCAGUUUCAAUUUUUCUUGCGCUGCCCUUCCAAAAUAAUUUGAACUACCUUAAAUGUGUCAGCCUGCAAAAUUGAUGUUACGCAGAAUUCUUUCCAGUAUUGUUAACAAUGACAGAGAUGUUUCACUACCCUUUUGUUGGCUGUAAUGGGCUGGCUGGUGAAUAAAGGGAGACUUUGUUUUUGGCACCUAUGGUUUCCCCAUAGCCUCUCCAUACAAACUUGUUUCCAAAUAGUCAUACUUGCACUAUUUUCUUGCAUUUCCUGCUUUAUCCCAAUUCUCAUCCUUGCAACUGUUGGAUCUCUUAUGCCUGUGUUAGACCAUUCUGAACUCCACUUCCAUUCUAGACUCACAUGUGCUGUGAUUGCUCACCUAAUCAUGCAUCUCAUGACCCAUUUGUUUGUGGGGGGGAAACUUGAAUGUAGGAUUUGCCAUUAUGAAUCAGCCAACUGGUUAAUCAAAUCCAGUAUUCUAUUGCUAGCAAUGCUCAUUACCUGAUCCUUCAGAGGAAAAUGAAAAACCCUAAAAUACUCUAGGGUCUGAUCCAAAGUCCUUGGAGUAGAUAGUAUCUCUGUUGCUCUCAAUGGGCUUUUGGAUCGGACCUUUAGAGAACCAUGCAAAAUUUUCUCUCAACCAGAGAUGAAUUCUUCCCUGGUCUGUCACAAUCAUUUUACUGUGCCCUGAAGCAUGAGUUAAGAUGAAAGUGUUCUACUUUCUUUGGCUGCCUGUAAAUAAAGUUGCAUGUUACCUUGUCUGUCUAAAGCAUCCAGUUUUUCAAAGGAUUGUAAAAGCAAGCCAGAGACUAGUCUAUACUGUCUCUUGGAUACAUCCACAUAACCGUCAUGGCAUGCAGAUUUACUGAGAAACACCAUGGACAAAACAUUUAAAUGGAGAAGUCAUGCAAUUGUAGACACUUCUAACUUACAUACUUUAGGGAUUUGAGUGCUUUUAUUGUAAAUAGGGAUUUUGCAUGCACCUGGGCAGGGAAGUGGCAUACUAGUAAUGUGCACAUACGUAGUUAUUUGGACAUGAACAUAUGCAUACAUCAACUUCAAAACAAAAAACUGGCUUUAGCGUCUGAAAGAAUACUGACACUUGUAUGCAAAUUACACAUAUUGCACUUUCAUUCAUUAAUCCAAAGGAGACAUAAACAAUUUCAGGACGCAGCCCCUUUCUUAUAUUCUGCAAAAUAUAAGCAAAAAGACAGCUGAAAAACUAGAUAUGUCAAACUUAACUGAGUUGCCUUGCAUUUUUAUU